AUGGCGUGGCAACCGCAGGACGAUCCUCUACGGCAGUUGGUCCAGUGCCUGAGCGACUCGCUCAGUGCCAAUGACGCAAAUGCGCGAAAGAAUGCUGGAGAAAUGCUCAAAUCGGCGCAAACUUCGCCUGAUAUCGACAAAUACCUAGCCUACGUCUUCUCCAACAACCAGCCCCCGUCCAGCGUCAACAUGGAUGCUGCGCAAUACUUCCAAGCAAGAGCUGCCGCAGCCGUCAUGCUCAAGAACGACGUAAAGACGACCUAUAAAGCCAUGCCCGAUUCGACCAAAGACUAUAUACGAUCCGUUAUUCUUCUCGGCCUACAAGACCCCACAUCGCAAAUAAGAGGAUAUGCAGGCAACGUCAUUACGGAAAUUGUGCGCCAGGGAGGCAUCAUGGCAUGGCCACAAAUUCUUUCGGAGCUCAUCAGCAUGGUUAGCAACGCCGACGGCAAUGUCUCAACACAAGCGCAAGAAGGCGCCAUGGGUGCAUUGUUAAAGAUUUGUGAGGACAACAGGAAAGCCCUCGAUAAGGAAUACCAGGGACAGAAGCCCCUCGACUUUAUAUUUCCCAAGCUUCUCGAAAUCACUACAAGCUCUCAGUCUCGAGUGCGCGCUGAUGCAUUGGCUGCUAUCAACGUGUUCGUCCCGGAAAAGCCACCGGCUGUUGUUUCCCACAUCGAUACACUGCUACAACAAUUAUUUCAAUUGGCCGGCGACUCUAGUGAAGAUGUGCGCAAGCACGUAUGCCGAACCUUUGUUCACAUCGCCGAUAUUGCCCCCCAAAAGAUAAUACCGCACAUGGACGGCCUUGUCGAGUUCAUGAUCACGCAGCAGCGCACACCAAACAACCCAGACUUGGCCCUGGACGCAGCAGAGUUCUGGCUAUGUGCUAGUGAAGACGAAAAGAUGCGCGAUCACCUUGGCCCGUACUUGGCCAAGAUAGUACCGGUUCUGCUUGCGAGUAUGGUAUACAGUGAAGAUGACAUUAUGCGUCUCGAGGGUGAAGAGGAAGACUACGAGGUUGAGGAUCGAGAACAAGACAUCAAACCUACUUUUGCGUCGAGUAAGGCUGGAAGACUCACUACCAACGCAAACGGCGAAACAGUUCCUGCCAAUGGAGGACAAGGAGCUUCAGCCGACGACAACGAUGAUGACCUGAGUGAUGGUGAAAUUGACGACUUCGACGACGAUGAUGAGUUUGGAGACCCAGAGGAGCAGUGGAACCUUCGAAAAUGCUCUGCGGCGGCUCUCGAUGUCCUCGCAUCAGUGUUCCAUGAAGCUGUCUUCCAAGCAACUCUUCCUUACCUCACAGAUAAUCUUAAUCAUGCUGAGUGGCCCCAUCGCGAAUCGGCAGUCCUUGCACUUGGUGCUAUUGCAGAUGGCUGCAUGUCGGUGGUUGAACCGCAUCUUCCUAUGCUCACUCCAUUCCUCAUCACUCUGCUCGAGGACCCUAAGCCUGUUGUUCGUCAGAUCACAUGUUGGACUCUGGGACGUUACUCGGGUUGGGCUUCUCACCUCGACGCGGCUGGUAAGAAACAGUUCUUCGAGCCGGUCAUGGAGGGCAUCUUGAUGAAGAUGCUUGACAGGAACAAGCGUGUGCAGGAAGCCGCAGCAUCUGCCUUUGCCAAUUUGGAAGAAAAGGCAAAUACCGAGCUUGCACCAUACUGCACUGUCAUUGUCCGACAGUUUGUCCAGUGCUUUUCCAUGUACAAGGACAGGAACAUGUUCAUCCUCUACGACUGUGUCCAGACGUUGGCCGAACAUGUUGGACCUGAGCUGUCCAAAGACGAGCUGGUUCAGAUACUGAUGCCCGCUCUCAUUCAGCGCUGGAACAAGGUGUCGGACCACUCGCGGGAAAUGUUCCCAUUGCUUGAAUGCCUUUCAUAUGUUGCUACAGCCCUCGGGCCCAAGUUCGCCCCGUAUGCAGCUGGUAUAUUCGCCAGGUGUAUCAAGAUUAUUCAUCGCAAUCUUGAAGAAGGAGUCAUGGCAUCUGAGAUCAAUGGCUUUGAGCCCCCGGACAAAGAUUUCUUAGUGACCAGUCUGGACCUGCUCAGCGCCAUCAUUCAGGCCCUGAACCUCCAGGACAGCGCGACACUAGUCACACAGGCGCCGACAUUCUUCCAACUAUUAGCUGUCUGCAUGAGAGAUCCCAACAACGAUGUGCGACAGUCGGCAUAUGCUCUUCUCGGAGAUUGUGCCAUCUAUGUCUUCCAGCAACUCCAGCCUUGCUUGCCCGACAUCCUGAACAUCCUCAUCCCGCAGCUCGAUUUUGCUCAAGUAACAACUGAUGGCCUGGAGACGGGUUAUUCGGUUAUCAACAACGCGUGCUGGUCUGUUGGCGAGAUUGCCAUGUGCCACAAGGAAGGCAUGCAGCCCUAUAUUGAGAAACUGUUGCAAAAACUUGGUACCAUCUUGUUUGACCAGAGGGUUCCUGAGUCUCUGAAUGAGAAUGCGGCCAUUGCUCUGGGCCGCUUAGGUCUCGGGUGUGCCCCUUCGCUAGCGGUCCAUCUUGCGCAGAUUGCUCCGGCUUUCAUCCGUGCUAUCAAGAAUGUUCAAUGGACAGACGAAAAGUGCCACGCUCUGACUGGUUUCAUGUUGAUUGUGCUGGCGAACCCUGGUGCCAUGGAGCAAUCUCUGCUUGAAUUCUUCAGCGACAUGUCCAUGGCGGACAGCAAUGUGGUCCGAGGCCCUGCAGGCAGACAGGUUCUAGAGACAUUCCAAAAGGUCAUCCAGCAGUACAAGGGCAUGAUUUCGGACUUUGACGCCUUUCUGGGCGGUCUUCCCGCGGAGCAACAAGCACGGUUCCGGGAACUGUACAGCGUCUAG